AUGUCAGAUAUACGGCUUUCAAAUGGAUUUACAGCAAACAAAGAGUUGGCAACGGUGACACGACACGGCACGACACUCUCUUUUGCCGCCUGGAAAAUGAGAUGGCCUGAGAAGACACGCCCUGAACCAAAGAAGAGAAAAACAGCUGGCUCGUCGACAGCAAAGUUGCCCUCUGGUGGCACUAAAGUCGGGCAUUUUCAAACAUACGUAAAAGGAUACUAUAUCAUUAUGAACAACGCGGAAAAAUAUAAAAAAGAGUCAUUGAAGGCAAACACAUAUCCAGAAUAG